CGGUGAUUGAGCGGCAGCACUUGCGAUAGCCGACCUUCCUCUGCGACGACUUCCCAAAUCCACCACCGCACCCAUGAAUAGCAACAUCGACGCGGGUUCAUCCGACUUCAGCAUCGGGGCAACGAGUGCCUCGUCCGGCGAGGAGCUCGACAACUCCCCUGUCGAGAUGGUGGGCCGUUUCGAGCGGCGCCGACAGAGCAGCGUCAUGGUCGAGUCCUUCAGCAAGAACGUCAUCGAUCCGCUCGUCAAGGCCGGCGAUCGAGUCAUUGGACAUAUCCGCCACCGGCCCACGCUGACCUCCCCGCAGGCAUCGUUUACUCGGACGGCGAGCGGAUUCUACAGUCCCGAGGCCGGAGCGACGAACGGAGACGCCGGCCCUGGCCCCGCUCAUCCAAAGAUCCUGCUCAAGAGCGCUACGCUCGCCCCGACAAUCGCGUCGUGCUCGAACCCAUACGUAUCGGUCGAGUUCCAGGUUGCGGUCGUCGGCGCGGCUUCCGUCGGGAAGCAGACGCUGGUCAGGCGAGAGUGCGAAGACGCUCUUCAGUUUGCCUCGUCGAAGGGCAAGCAAAAGUCCGAGAACCAUGAGAUUCGGUUCAAGGAGCGAACAUUUCACACCCAGGAAAUCUCAGCCCGAGUCGAAUUCUGGAUCGCACGGACCACCAAGGGCAUCACCAAGAAGCUGAUGAAGUACCUGUCGGGAUGUGCCGGGUGCGCCUUUGUGUUUGAUGUCACCAACCGAGAUUCCUUUCAGAUUCUACAGACCUGGAUCACCGCUCUCAACUACUUCAAAGGUCCCGAGAACUACAAGGCGCCCAAGCCGUGCAUUCUUGUGGGAACAAGGAUCGAUGUUCCCAACCGCCAGAUCAUGCAGCGCGAAGGCGAGAAUCUCGCCAAAAACAACAAGAUGCUGUAUCUCGAGACAAACUGCUGGGACACAGCACAAUCGCCCCGAGUGCUCUGGCCGCUCAUCGUGGAGAUCCUCAAGUCUCUUCCCAUCGCCUGGCAACGCCGAUAUGAUUCUACAACGCUUGUUCCGCUCGAGGUCCGGCCCUCCCACCACGCUUCGCACACCCGGAAGUUCUACUAUAAUCAAAAGCUGGACAACAUCGCCGCCACCAGAGCCCUGACGUCCCAGACACUCACAUGGAUGUGA